UGAACAACAACCAAAGGAAUUAGUGACGUCACCGUCUUCCUCCAACGUCCCAUAAAGGAAGCGCCACACACACUCACUCACACACCAAUACUGCUACUGUAACUGCUCUCGAAAGGAAGAAAAAAAUUUUGCGUUACGGAAUCUCUUAUUCAGCUGCGCGAUCGAAUUGAAUCUGUAAGUGAACAUAUCGAUAUGGCUGAUAUCAAGGAUGAAGGAACCCCCAAGAGCUCUGCUUCUUCCCCUCUGAGGAACCCUAAUGUUACCCUUAACGAAAGGAACUUUGCAGCCUUCACACACAGAUCAGCUGCUGCUCAUCCUUGGCAUGACUUGGAGAUUGGUCCGGAAGCUCCUGCUGUUUUCAACUGUGUUGUUGAAAUUAGCAAAGGUGGCAAGGUGAAAUACGAGCUAGACAAGAACAGUGGACUUAUUAAGGUUGAUCGUGUCCUGUACUCAUCCAUUGUGUACCCACACAACUACGGCUUCAUUCCUCGAACCAUUUGCGAAGACAGUGAUCCUAUAGAUGUCCUCGUACUCAUGCAGGAGCCUGUGCUAACUGGAUCGUUCCUCCGUGCCCGUGCUAUUGGGUUAAUGCCCAUGAUUGAUCAGGGUGAAAAAGACGACAAGAUCAUUGCAGUGUGUGCAGAUGAUCCCGAGUUCCGUCAUUACAGAGACAUCAAAGAGCUCCCUCCUCACCGUCUAGCUGAAAUCCGCCGCUUCUUCGAGGAUUACAAGAAGAACGAGAACAAGAAAGUGGAUGUUGAAGGUUUCCUCCCUGCUCAAGCUGCCAUAGACGCGAUUAAGGGCUCCAUGGAUCUUUACGCAGCUUACAUCAAAGCCGGCCUGCAGCGUUAAUGAACUACACCUACAUGCUCGUUAUAACUUGGUGCAUUUUCGCAGUGUACAUCGAAAAACUUUUGUUGCAUUAUACGCUUUCUAUUGAUGACGAUGAAAAGUGCUAGUUUCAAUCGUUAAAAUUUGGAGAUUACAUGAAAAAUGCCAAUUUCAUGAAAAGUGUCAGCUUCAAAUUCAAUCAUGAAAAAUGCCAAUUUCAAUCA